UUUCGCGCUAAUUCACCCAUGCCGAGACCCUCGCACGAAGCUCUUGCAAAACUUGCAAUGUCUCGCGUGUUGUAAAACACCGCAACAUGUUCGUGACGAAUCUAGAGAAGGAUUUCUACAGUGUGCUACAAAAAAGCAGAUCUUUGCUCCUGGUAAACUUUGACGUCGAUGCAAUCUGUGCCUGCAGAAUAUUACAGCAACUUUUUAGGAAUGAUCACAUGAUAUAUACUCUUGUACCCGUUCGUGGCAUCCAGGAUAUGAUAAAUGCCUUCGAAGAAAAUUGCGAAGAGAUAAAGCAUGUUAUUAUGAUAAACUGUGGUGGUACUCUAGAUUUAGUAGAAUUACUUUGCCCACACGAAUCCAUAGUAUUUUUUAUUCUCGACAGUCAUAGACCUUAUGAUUUAUGCAACAUAUAUUCAGAAAGUCAGAUACGUAUUCUUGGUAAACCCGAUGAAGACAAUGAGAUCCCAGAAUAUAAUGAUAUAUUCCGAGAUGACAGUUCAGAUGAGGAAGAGAUGAGUGGAGAAUCUGACAAUGAAAACGAAAGACAGAGCAAAAGACGAAGAUUGAAUGAAGAGGAUAUUGUGAGGCGAAGCGAACGAAGAAAAUGGGUCGAAAACAGGGCAACGAUCCUUUUUAAUUACACACAGUACAGCUAUUAUGGCAAAUCAAGUGCGAUAAUAGUUUUCGAGAUGGCUUGGAACAUGUCAAAGGAUAAUUUAGACAUGGCCUGGUGGGCCAUAGUUGCUUCAACAGAACAGUCUAUUUUGAGUAAAGUAGAGUCACGAGUAGCCGUUCUUGAGGAGGGAUCCCUUCAAGCCCAUGUCUCAAGAUUAACGCAUAGACAAGGCAUUGACACCGACAAGCAACAACAGCAGCGGAGUAUCGUUAAAGUUACUUAUGACAAAGAUCUCCAGCUAGCGUUAUAUCGUCAUUGGACCGUUGAAUCCAGUUUGAAGUACUCGAUGUCAACUGCGGUUUCCUUACGCCUUUGGUCCAUCAGAGGGGAGCAGCGGCUGAGAGAAGUCCUAGCUGAGAUGGGCCUGCCUCUAGUGCAAUCCAAACAACUGUUUCGUGCAAUGGAUCUUACAUUUAGACAAGAAUUUCGACAGAUGGUUGAGAAAUUAGCUGGGAAAUAUAACGUUAACAGCAUUAUUGGUACUAGUUUUACUCUCCAAUAUGGUUAUCGUUUCAAAUAUUGUGCUUCCGAUAUGGUAUACGCGAUGUUAGCUCUGCUGGACUCUACGACAAAGGAUAGACAGCCGCAACGUUGCUUCUUGGAUGCACUGGACUGUCUGUCACGCACGAAAAAGGACGUUUUAGAAAGUGGAAUAGAAAAGGCGAAGCUCGUGCUUCACAAUGUCUUCAAAACUGCACAGAGCAUACUGGAAGCGAAGCAAAUCAAGAACUUUGGUUCCUUCUUGUAUCUUAACGUGCCGGAAGGGAAUAUAGACAAUUAUUUAUUUGCGCAUUCUCAUCCUCUGAUUAUGUUAGCUCAGUUUGCUCUCAAGGCGUAUGUUAAUUCGUCGAAAAACCGACGUGCCUCGGAAUGGCCUCUCGUAGCCUCCGCACAGUUUAGUGCAGAGGAAGGCUCGUGUCUUCUUGUCGGAAUACCGCCAGUUUGCGAGGAUCAGCCCAGAAGCCUAUUUGGCAAAGCAUUUGAGCAAACUGCGAAAAACAGAAGUUGUUACAUCGAGGCAGACUACUUUGAUAGUACAAUAAUAAGACUGAAAAUCGAGGAAAGAUCCAAGUUUCUUGAUGCUCUAGCAGCUCUCCUUGCGUGAUAAUCGUCAGAAAUGCAUAAUCAUUGAAGGCAAAUCGCGAGUACGAUAACCAUAUUAAUCAAAGUUUUAACCAAUGCGACACAGCUUCUAAACAAUCGAUGCACUUUAUUACUCAUGACAUACAGUGCCUUUUUUUAAAAUACAAACUCUCGGUGUAUAGUUUUUAAACCAGCGACGGUAGUAGCUUUAUAAUUGUAAAAUAUUUUAUAUGUACAUUGGGACUGAUAAAAGUGUGAAAUAUUAACUUUGCGUGUGUGUGUGCGUGUGUAAUGUGUGCGUUGUAUAAGAAAUACUAGGAUACAACAGCAAGUAAAUGAUAAGAUGCGAAAGAGCUUUUCAGUUUCAUUCCAACAUGAUGGAUUUAAUAAUUUUAUAAGAGAGAUAGACGGAAAAAACCGGACGUAUAAAUAAAAUUAU